AUGCGCUAAUCUGUGAUUGGGACCCGUGGGGAGUGGUCUGCUGAAAACGAGGAGGGCGGGAGUAUCGCGCGUCCGUGCCUUUGUGUUUCUGUUCUAAUAUCUCACAUAUCAAUAAUUCAGCGCGCGAGCAGACGGACCCCGCGCUAUGUAUUCAACUGUGUUUCGACUAGACAAGGGCCUCGUUCAGCUCUCCACGGGUUAUUCGAUUAGAGAGUGAGACUAGAAGGCGGGGAGCGCGAGCCGAGAAAGCAAAAUCACUCGCAAGCACAGGGAACAAGGGAAAAGGAAUCUCCAAAAGUGAAAAAUAGCAAACGGAAGAAAAAACGUCCCUAUCAAAGAUAAGAUAAGUUACACGGAGAAUUAUUUCAUUUUAAAGAAGAAAAAACGGAGGGGGUGAUUUAGAAGAAACGGGAUUAUAUAAAAUACAGCAGUGUCCACAUUUUCCUUACCCUCCCGAAAGAAAUCUCCGAAUAUCUUUGCGCGGGAUAUUAGGACCAAGUGCAGAUAGAAGUUGCCGUCAUGUUGCUGUUUCUCCUGAGUGCGAUGUGCCUAGCGGGACUAGCGCGCGCUCAAAACGAAACGGAACCCAUCGUGCUCGAGGGGAAAUGCCUGGUGGUUUGCGAUUCCAACCCAACUUCGGAUCCGACCGGAACUGCGCUUGGGAUAUCUGUGCGAUCUGGGAGCGCCAAAGUGGCUUUCUCCGCCGUAAGAAACACCAACCACGAACCCUCGGAGAUGAGUAACCGAACAAUGGUCAUCUACUUUGAUCGGGUACUAGUGAACGUUGGGAAAAAUUUCGACGAAGAGAGAAGCAAUUUCAUCGCUCCGCGCAGAGGGAUUUACAGUUUUAAUUUCCACGUAGUGAAAGUGUACAAUCGUCAAACGAUCCAGGUGAGCCUGAUGCAUAAUGGCUGGCCGGUCAUCUCUGCCUUCGCCGGAGACCAGGAUGUGACACGUGAGGCAGCCAGCAACGGAGUUCUGAUCGCCAUGGAGAAGGGUGACCGGGCCUACCUCAAACUGGAGCGCGGAAACCUCAUGGGUGGAUGGAAAUACUCCACUUUCUCAGGGUUCCUGGUCUUUCCCCUGUAGAGGAAGAGGAGGAGGAGGAAGAGGGACUCAACCUGGUGGCCAGGGAGACUGUGGAGAAGAGAGAGAGUGAAAGAGAGAGAGAGGGAGAGCGAGAGAGAGAGAGAGAGAAUGGAGGAGGUGGAAUCUCUCUGACACUCAUUCACCCUGCUGCCUGAUUACAGCUCUGGACAGCCAAAACUUUUCUACCUUCAUUUAAAUAAUAAAGUUAAAAAAAGAGAGAAAGAGAGGCUAAGUCCUUCCCACAUAGCUGCGCCGCUGUCUGCCUCCGCUUCCAGGAAUGUUUCCGUAGUCUCAUUCUCGGCGUCGACAGACGACGCCGCUCGCGCGUCUCCGUCCGCCCGUGCGUUUCGCCCGCUUUCCGUUUUUUCCGACGCGGCGGAGCCCCCCCGCUCUCGCGCUCCCCCGCAUCGUUUGUGUCUCCGAUGUCAUCCACGCUUUCUUCGUUUUUUCUCUCCCUCCUCCUCCUCUCUUCAGAAUUCUGGAGAGUCCAUUUAAAAAAAUUUUUUUUUUAUUUUAACAUGUCGAAAAUCUGCCAGCUGUCCAAUGCUCCGCUGUUGUUUUCUUCAUUAAAUUCUCUGUCAUCGCAGUCGGUGGACACUGAAAAAAAUAAUUACAUGGAGGACUCUUGCUGUAUACUGGAUCUAUAAAAUCCUAAAGUUUCUUUAUGAUAUACACUAUGAUUAAUCGAAUCUGGUUGAAUAUCUGUAAUUCAGUAUUUCAAUGUUAAUACUUAGUGAUUGUGUGUGGACUAUAAGGCUGCCGUUACCUACCGAUGCUACUUGUUUUUGUUCUGGUCGAAAUGUGGCUAAAACUGAAAUGAUGCCAGAAAAAAAAUCUAUAGAGGAAUUUUAUUAUUAACUGUAAGAUAUAUGUGAAUAUUUAGAAGAACAAAAUCCUCCCUUUUAUUUAUCAGUCAGUUUAUUUAGUUAUUUUGAUUUGCUUUAAUCCAAUAAAAACUGAAAUGGUACUUUUAUUUUUCUUAACCAGA